GUCCUUCUGUCUCUCCUCUUCGUCUAUUCCAUGGACGAUUUCCUGCAUCUAAUUUGCCCUAAUUCUCCAUUUAUUUGGGAUGGAGAGAGGUUCUCUGAAUGCUUUGAAGACAUAUAUCCUCAUUCUUUUUCAGAUUUUAGUUUCAGCUCACUCACUAUACACACAAAUACAUAUGAAUUGAUUUUCCUUAAUAUUUCGUACUGUUUUAGGUUUUGGAGUUAACAUAGUGACUGUUGUUAUGGUCGUUGUGCUUGGAUUUAGUCAGAAGAUUGAUCGAAGGUCAGAUGGCCAGGUACUCACUGAUCUUAGAAGUUUUUGUUAAGGGAUGUUAAGAAACCCAUUUUCCGUUUUCCUUUCUGUUAUUUUUCGUUUAUUCUGUAAAAGCCUAUAUAUAGGCUCAUCUUCAUUCACAUCAAGAGAAAAAUAAGAAAACAGUUUCUUAAUCCUAAACUCCUCUUGGCUUUUAUGGACAUGUGUUGAUAUACAUGCGGUUCCUUUUGAGGUGUUUUCAUCUCAUGCUUACACAUUCUGAAUACAAGUUUUAUCCUCUUUUUAUUUGAAUCAAGAUUUCCAUUACGGUAUCAGAUCCGGAGUUAAUUCACACUCUGCUGCCACUGAUUUUACCCUCCGUCUUCUUGUUUGUUCUUGAUCUUCUUCCGUCUUUUUCUUGUUUGUUCUUGACCUUAUUCUUUCUUGCAUAUAAAUAUGGCCACUGCUACCAACAGUAGCGUGGACGUGACACAAAACCCCAAUAGACCCUAUUAUCUUCAUCCUGAAGGAAAUUCUGAUGACCUUUCCAGAAAAAAUAGUCCUGGAUUUUAUACCAGCUGUUGGAGCAUGUCUUUCAAUUGUAGACAUAUUUUUUCUGUGGAAGAAAGAGCAUAGUAGUCACAUUGUUGGAUAUCAUAAAUGGUUCUAUAGCUGUUCUGAAUUGAUGGUUUGGAUAAACAUUAUUUUCUUCACAAAGCGUGGCGGCAGUCACCACAUUGUCUUCAAUCGUGUGUUAUGUUUCUGGUGGAUUCCUAAAGCAAUAUUGGCAGUUUUGUAUUUGAUGACAAAUAUUUCAUCAUUUAAGGUUUCAAUUUGCAUCACGGAAAGCUUAGUUGUUCUCAUGAAUAUCUCAUUUGGCAUAGCCAUCAAUGUGAUAAGGAUAAAGAGACCAUCUUACAAAAACAGUUUUUUGGAGGAUCCACUUCUUUCGAAUGGUGUGGACCUUGAGGAAGGUGGUUAUCAAGACCUUGAAAAUGAUGGAAACUUUUGGGAUUUGAUGACUUUCAACUUCAUAACUCCAGUAAUGAAUCAUGGUGUGGUAAAACAAUUAGACUCCGAUGACCUAUUGCCACUACCGACUGAUAUGAGUCCUUCUUCUUGUCAUGAUGUGAUUUUGUCCUGCUGGCAAGCUCAACUGAGUAACAAUGGCUCUACUCCAUCUUUGUUUAGAGCACUCUGUAGUGCAUAUGGAUGGCCAUACCUCCGCCUGGGUUUAUUGAAGGUGAUUAAUGAUUGUAUUGGUUUUGUGGGGCCAUUGCUUCUCAAUAAGCUGAUCCAGUUUCUUCAACAAGGUUCAGUGAAUUGGGAUGGGUAUUUACUUGCAUUAUCCUUGGGGCUCACCUCUAUAAUUAAAUCCUUUUUAGAUACACAAUAUAGUUUUCAUCUUUCCAAACUGAAGCUGAAGCUGCGAUCUAGUAUCAUGACUCUAAUCUAUGAGAAGUGUCUUCGAGUGAACUUAGCAGAGCGUUCAAAAUUUACAAAUGGAGAAAUUCAGACAUUUAUGUCAGUGGAUGCUGACCGAACUGUCAACUUAUGUAAUAGUUUCCAUGAUAUGUGGAGCCUGCCUCUACAAAUUGGAGUGGCUCUCUAUCUUUUGUAUACUCAAGUCAAAUUUGCAUUUGUAUCUGGAUUAGCAAUAACCAUUUUAUUGAUACCAGUGAAUAAAUGGAUAGCACAAUUGAUUGCAAGUGCUACUGAGCAGAUGAUGAAGGAGAAAGAUGAAAGGAUUCGUAAGACAGGAGAACUUUUGACUUAUAUUCGCACUUUGAAGAUGUACGGAUGGGAACUUCUUUUUUCUAGUUGGUUGAUGGAUACAAGAUCUUUGGAAGUCAAACACUUAGCUACACGAAAGUACUUGGAUGCGUGGUGUGUUUUCUUUUGGGCUACAACACCGACUCUCUUCUCUCUUUUCACUUUUGGACUCUAUGCACUGAUGGGACAUCAACUUGAUGCUGCAAUGGUUUUCACGUGUCUUGCAUUGUUCAACACCCUUAUUUCACCACUAAAUUCAUUCCCUUGGGUAAUAAAUGGAUUGAUUGAUGCCAUCAUAUCUUCCAGACGGUUGAGUAGGUUUCUCGCUUGUCCUGAAGAUAAAUUUAAAGUGGGAAACAAAAGUUCCUGUCCACCAUCAUUCCUAAGUGAACAGCCUAAUUCUGUACAAGGUUUGGGUGUAUUUAUCCAAGAUGCAUGUUGUACUUGGUCAAGUAGUGAGGAACAAGCAUUAAAUAUGGUGUUGAAUCGUGUGACUCUAAGUGUGGCCCAGGGUUCCUUUGUUGCAGUUAUUGGAGAGGUUGGUUCAGGUAAAUCAUCCCUGUUAUAUUCAAUCCUUGGAGAAAUGCAGCUUGUUCAUGGCUCUAUUUAUUCCAAUGAAUCCAUAGCUUAUGUACCACAGGUCCCUUGGAUUUUAUCUGGAACGGUGCGCGACAACAUAUUAUUUGGGAAAAGCUAUGAUCCUGAAAGGUAUACUGAUACACUGAAGGCAUGUGCAUUAGAUGUUGAUGUCUCAUUGAUGAUUGGAGGUGACAUGGCUUAUAUUGGUGAGAAAGGAGUUAACUUAUCGGGUGGACAGAGAGCUCGUCUUGCUUUGGCAAGGGCAUUGUAUCAUGACUCAGCUGUUGUUAUGCUUGAUGAUGUCCUGAGUGCAGUAGAUGUACAAGUUGCUCAAUGUAUCUUAUACAAUGCCAUUCUAGGCCCCCUUAUGCAGAGAAAAACCCGAUUGCUCUGUACCCAUAAUAUUCAGGCAAUAUCUUUUGCUGACAAGAUUGUUGUAAUGGACAAGGGACACAUAAAGUGGAUAGGAAAUUCAGAUGACUUUCCAAUUAAUUCAUGUACACAAUUCUCUCCGCUGAAUGAAAUUGAUUCAGCUUUACAGAAUCAUGGACAAUCUUGCAGCCCAAAUCUUUAUUCCAAAUCCGAGGAGCAGUCUCUUCUUGGUACAAGUAUUGUGCCUGCUCUGGAGGGAGCAGAGGAGAUAGUUGAAGUUGAGUUGAGGAAAGAGGGAAAAGUUGAAAUUGGAGUGUAUAAGAAUUAUGCUAUCUUCAUUGGCUGGUUCAUGACAGUCAUUAUAUGCCUAUCAGCUAUUCUGAUGCAAGCUUCUCGUAAUGGAAAUGAUUUAUGGCUGUCAUAUUGGGUUGAUACAACAACAGAAAGCAGUCAGACAAGAUAUUCUGUGUCUUUCUAUCUGGCUAUACUGUGUCUCUUUUGUAUUAUUAAUUCCUUUUUCACAUUGGUGAGGGCAUUCUCUUUUGCGUUUGGGGGAUUACAAGCUGCAACUAAGGUACACAAUAAAUUGCUCAACAAGCUUAUGAAUGCACCUAUCCAAUUCUUUGAUCAGACCCCUGGUGGGAGAAUACUGAACAGGUUAUCUUCAGAUCUUUAUACCAUUGAUGAUUCCCUUCCAUUCAUUCUGAACAUUCUCCUAGCGAAUUUCGUAGGCUUGUUGGGUAUUACAAUAAUUUUGUGUUAUGUACAGGUCUUCUUCUUACUCUUGCUAUUACCAUUUUGGUAUAUCUACAGCAGACUUCAGUUCUUCUACAGGUCAACAUCAAGAGAAUUACGACGGCUGGACAGUGUUUCCCGCUCUCCAAUAUACUCAUCAUUCACUGAAACACUUGAUGGAUCAUCAACUAUUAGAGCGUUUAAAUCUGAGGACUUUUUCUUUACCAAAUUCACUGAACAUAUAACCUUGUAUCAGAAGACUUCCUACACAGAGAUAGUGGCAAGUUUGUGGCUUUCCUUGCGUCUUCAGGUAUAUCUUUUGAGUCGAAUAUAUUUAUUAACAUUUCAAAAUGAGAAAAUGCAGCAAUAUAAGAUUUACACGUGCAACAAUACAGUACAUCCAAAGCUUAAAUUUGAAUUUGUAUUAAAUCUGGAGUAUUGGUUGUUGCUAAUAAUUACUUUCUUCCAGCAAUUAGGUGCAUUUAUCAUCUCUUUCAUAGCUGUGAUGGCUGUUGUUGGAUCUCGUGGCAGUCUGCCCAUCAACUUUGGUACCCCAGGAUUGGUAGGAUUGGCCCUCUCAUAUGCCGCUCCAAUUGUGUCCUUAUUGGGGAGUUUUUUGUCAAGCUUCACUGAAACAGAAAAGGAAAUGGUUUCAAUUGAAAGAACUCUUCAAUACAUGGACAUUCCUCAAGAAGAACAAACUGGAGGCCUAUACUUGAAUCAAGAUUGGCCAAAUCAAGGAUUUAUCGAAUUCCAGUGUGUUACUUUGAAAUAUUUACCAUCUUUGCCAGCUGCACUCUGCAAUCUUAGUUUUAGAAUUGCUGGAGGCACACAAGUUGGAAUAAUUGGAAGAACAGGCGCUGGAAAGUCCAGUGUGUUAAAUGCUCUUUUCCGUCUUACUCCAAUAUGUACAGGCUCUAUCUCAAUUGAUGGCGUGGAUAUUAAAAAUAUUUCUGUCAGAGAACUACGUACACAUUUGGCCAUUGUUCCUCAGAGUCCAUUUUUGUUCGAAGGAUCAUUAAGGGAUAACCUAGAUCCUUUCAAAAUGAAUGAUGACUUAAAAAUUUGGAAUACAUUGGAAAAGUGCCAUGUGAAAGAGGAAGUAGAGGCAGCUGGAGGGUUGGACCUUCUUGUAAAGGAAGGAGGCAUGUCAUUUUCAGUUGGCCAGCGGCAACUUCUUUGCCUCGCCCGUGCACUUUUGAAAUCUUCCAAGGUUCUCUGUUUGGAUGAAUGCACAGCCAAUGUAGACAUUCAAACUGCUUCACUGCUGCAAACUACCAUAUCCGGUGAAUGCAAAGGAAUGACAGUUCUCACAAUUGCUCACCGGAUUUCAACUGUUUUAAAUAUGGACAACAUUCUGAUUCUUGACCAUGGGAAACUGGCUGAACAGGGUAACCCACAGGUUCUUCUGAAAGAUGACACCUCGAUAUUUUCUAGUUUUGUUAGAGCUUCAGCAAUGUAGCAAUGUGUAAUAUUGGAAGGCCAUCUUUUAACAUGACACAUCAGCAGACUACCCGCAGCGCAGAUGAUUCUCUACAGUAAGAGUGUUAUUAAGCGUUUCCGAUCCGUUCUGUGAUGAUCUGCCUGCUUUAAAAUACUAAAUCCAAACUUUCUUCUAUGUUGUCAGCUAACGCCGCACAAGUUUUGCCUACUAGAUCAAUGCAACUUGAAAUUGCGCACUCAAUAAAUGAUUUUUUAGAAACACAUUACAGGUGGAUUAGGGUGGGGAUAUAGAGAUAUUUGUAACCUAAUAAUUAAAUGGUUACACAAACCAUUGAAUAUAGUUUUAGAUUUAGUCUAAGACCUAUUCUUAUUGGUCAUUUAUUGAGUCAUUAAUUUUGUAUUAUAUUGACUUCA